UAGCAUGGGCUGAAGCUGCGCUCCUGCUGCUGCUACCACCGCCGCCGCCGCCGCCACCACCUCCUACCAUUGGUGUUCGGAAAGGCCAGCCAACUAUCGGCUUCAUGGCCACGGAAGCCACCGCCGCCGCGGGACCCGGCGCCCGGUUGCCCUCGUCGCCCACCCAGCGAGAUUUCUACUGGCUGCGCUCCUUGCUGGCAGGAGGUGUUGCUGGAUGUUGUGCCAAGUCAACCAUUGCACCAUUAGAUCGAGUAAAGAUUUUGUUGCAAGCUCACAAUCGUCAUUAUAAACAUCUAGGUGUGAUUUCUACACUUUGCGCUGUACCGAAGAAAGAAGGCUUCUUAGGAUACUACAAAGGAAAUGGAGCAAUGAUGAUUCGAAUCUUUCCAUACGGUGCAAUUCAGUUUACGGCAUUUGGUCAGUACAAAAAGGUGAUAAAGAGCAGGCUUGGCAUUUCUAGUCAUAUUCAUCGGUUACUGGCUGGAUCCUUAGCAGGUAUAACAGCAGUGAUCUGUACGUACCCUCUUGAUAUGGUGAGAGCACGGCUGGCAUUCCAAGUCAAAGGAGAUCAUACGUACAGGGGAAUUAUUCAUGCAUUCAAGACCAUUUACACCAAGGAAGGUGGUAUGCAAGGAUUUUAUCGUGGACUUAUGCCAACAAUAGUCGGAAUGGCUCCAUAUGCUGGUUUCUCAUUUUUUACCUUUGGUACCUUAAAGAGUGUGGGACUUGCUCAAGCGCCUACCCUGCUCGGGAGGCCUUGCUUAGAUAAUCCUGAUGUCUUAGUUUUGAAAACUCAUGUAAAUUUGCUGUGUGGUGGCAUAGCUGGAGCCAUAGCACAAACAAUAUCGUAAGUUAUUCUAGUAUUUUACUGCACUUAAUGAAGAAAUGUUAGGAUAGCUUGCAUUAGGAAUCUUAUUUCCUUCCACCUUUAGAAAUUAUGAAAUAUAACAUAAUUUAACUUUCUGUCUGCAAAGAAAGCUCACACUAGCAGAACUCCAAGGCAAGACAAAUUUUCAGUUUCUGUCUUCAAUAUCCUCAGUAGAAGAGCUUGUUCUGCCCUGGAGGCCAUUUCUCUAAAAUCAGUUGAAGGGAUAAGUUUGCUUACGGGUAACAAAGCCCCCAAUCUGCUGUUUUCCUUGUCAGUUUAUAUGAGGUUUGUGUGUAGAUAAACAAUAUUACUCCAGAUGCAGUUUGAAAAAUUGUAGCCUUAAUACAGCUGCAAUGCAGGAUAGAGUUGCAUUUGUCAAACUAGUAAAUUGGCAGAGAACACUUGAAUGCCACCAGAACGCCAAUGGUUACCUGUUUAUCUUAAUUAUAAUUUAACAUGGUUUGGUUUACAUAAAAGUACUAAGGAAGAUAUAUAUAGGGCAUAUUGUGCCAACUCAAGUUAUACCUUGGCUCUUUUCUGCUAAAGCUGGUAUGGUUACUUCUCAUUUUGUAAGACAACACAUAAAUAAAUUUAAAAAUGAAAUUUGUAAGUGGCUCUGACCACCUCCUAUUGAGGCACAUGAUUGAGCAAAAAUAGAAAUAGAUUAGAAUGAAACAUUUAAGAAAAAAGAUCACACAUAGCUGGAAACAAGUUACUUCUCUUUCAUACAGCUUUAGCAUGUAACCUCCAUUUUUUCUUGGUUUUCAAAUUUAAACAGUUCAAUUUGCACUUAGUAGCUGGGCUGAAUGUUUAUAAUUUCAAAUAUCUAAGUUUAGUCUUCUGUUUAUAUGGGUGAAAAAACAUAUCUUUAUAACUGUUAUUGAAAUCAAAGCAAAGGAAAUGCUGGAUUGCGAUCUUUUGGGGUUUACUUCAAACAAUUCAUAAAAUUUUGGGGGUUAAUCGCAUCCAUCCAGAAUUAAUAUUACUACUAUAUCAUUUUACAUAAUAGCUAACUUUUAUAAAAAAUAUUUGGGCUGUUAUGUAAAAUUUCUUAAGGAUUAAAGUUUUUUAUUUUCUUUACUAUUUUUUUUUAAUUUUUAAAAAAAACAUGUGAUAUGAAAACGUGAUACUGCCUGAAGAAAUUAUUCCUGGCAAUUCAAGUACCGAGCCUGGUACCUGAUUUUCCAAUGUUAAACCCCCUGUUU